ACGGGCACGUGUCGCUACGGAGCCACAUGCAAGUUCGACCACCCACCGCCAGCAGAGGCAGCUGCACGCGUCGCUAUGGGUCAAUCUCUAAGACGUCUCAAUCCUGCUUCUCCCCAUCCCUUUUCCCCUCCUGUUCACCCGCCCUCUUUCCCCCUCUGCGUCCCUUAA